CGAUUAAAACUAAGCAAAUGUUGCGGAAGCGCUCGGAGAUUCUCUCAUCUCAACGCUAAUCUGAGAAGCAGCAUCACCCCAAUCUGUCUGAAAGGUUAUCGCCGUACAGGGACAAUUAUGUUUUGCGUUUAGUUUGGCCGUCAAGUGGUGCUAGUUCUAGUGGUGCUACUUAGUCGCGAUUCAUUCUCAGACAGCAGAAGAUCAUAGUUGGAACUCGCAAUGUUUGGCCAACAUUUCAGUUGGUUAUGCUUGAUUUGCGCAAUUUUGGGAAGCCUACGUUUGGCGGAAGGUUAUCAGAUAGAAACCACGGGUCCGUUGGGAACAUGUCCCGAGGGUCAUGAAUAUGUGAAUGGCUUGUGCUUCACAAUAAACAGAUGCCCCGAUGAAUAUUAUCUUAAGUCGGAUGGAUUGUGUUAUCGAAAGGAACCACUGCCAUGUCCGUUUGAAAGCACAACUGAAGAAGUUAUUACAACAACAACAGAGGAGCCUGCAACAACCACAGAGGAACCCACUACAACAACAACCACUGAGGAACCCACAACUACAACAACCACUGAAGAGCCAUCAACUACAACAACCACAGAGGAACCCACUACAACAACAACUACUGAAGAGCCAACAACUACAACAACCACAGAGGAACCCACUACAACAACAACCACAGAGGAACCCACUACAACAGUACCACCCAUUGUCGACCCGCCACCCGAUGAACAAGUCCGAUGUCCUCCAGGCUCAAUUUUCUUCAACGAACAAUGCCGAAAAAUAGUCUGUACCGAAGGAGAAUACUACGCCGGUCGCUGUCUAUCACCCGCCUGUCCCACUGGAACUGUUUGGCAUGGAAAACGUUGCCAGCCUCCCGGUUAUAUAACAACAAUAUUGGAGAUCGACAAUGUUAUUCACAAUAGUCAUGAAUAUACGGUUGUCACAGAGAAUGUCAAUAAGAUAGAGCACAAUAUUCUGGCCCCAAGCCAGACAGAAACAUUGCCCCCAUCUCCGAUUACAGAAACCACAACACGAGGGGGAUCCUGGUACUUGCCUCCUAUUUCAACUACUGAGCCGACGAUCACCACUUCAUCGACCACAGAAGCUUAUCCCGAUUCAGUGCCUCCAUCUGGUUGUUGUUUGGUCAAGUCGCCGAGAAUCUGUCGGAAUUAUGCCCCCAAUUGGGUGUGUUCCAGUCGUGACUUGAAGUUGUGCGAUCCAAAGGUCUGUACACGGCCCAUUAUCUAUCUGAAGCCUCCGCAUAUAGUCGAAAGUGACGAUCCACCAUUUCUGAUAAUGCCUCCAAAUCCUCCACAAUUGGUUUGCUCCACACCCGAGUGCAAGGAGGGCGAUAUGUUGAAUUGCUCUGGCUGUAAAUACAAUCGACGGGAGACUUGUUCAGCUGGUUGCUACAAUUAUUUCUGUCCCGCUGGCAUUUGUGAAUUCAUGAACUCGGAAGAGUUUUGUGCUCUAUAUCCAGGUGGAUUUGGCUGCAACAAACGCGAUGGUUGCAUCUGGAAUUGGUGUACCGAAAAAUGUCAUUGAGAUGAAACAUUACAUUACUUGUUAUAAAUUUUGCCUUUAUUAAAUAUGUAAAAUCUC